AUGCCGAGGAGGAGAGCCAAUCUCCCAGAGAGAAAAAAGCUGCAGACGAAAAACGUCCUGCCAAAUCCAAAAACGAGGAGGAGCCUCGAGGCAGGCGACAGAGGUCGCGAACUAGGUCUCGAAGGCGAUCGCGUUCGCGCGAUCGGCGAGACGAUCGACGUCGAGGCGGAGCACGCCACGACGACCGGAGACGAGGCAGAUAUGCCCGCAGAGACGAUGCGCGGCGAGAUGACCGUGAUCGUCGCGACGACCGAGAUCGCCGGGAUGACCGGGAUCGUCGCGACGACCGCCGCCGUGACGACCGUGGUCGUAGAGAAGGCCGGCGAGGAGAUCGCAGGGAUGACAGGAAAGAGAGAAUCAGAUGACGACGAUGAAGAUGAUGAAGAGGAAGAGGAGGAACAGGAAGAGGAGGAGGAUGACAAGAAGGAGGACGAUGAGGACGAGGACGAGAAGGAGGACGAGGAAGAGGAGGAGGACACCAAGAAGACUCCGCCCAGUAAGGCGCCUGUUCCGCCUAACGGGAAGUCUGAGAAGGAGAUCGCCGAGAAGCUCAGAAGAGACAGGCGCGCCAAAAGGCAGCUGCUAAAGGCUGAAAUCAAAGCUUUAAGUCUGCAGGCAGGGACGUCGUUUAGCAGGAUGCCCUGGGUCGUGGUUGUCGAGGUUGUUUUGGUGCAGAAGUCUUCUGAGCUCCCUGCUCGCCUGGAGCAGGAGGAGGAAGAUCGUCAACGACGACUGACCGAACUCCAAGCAGAGUGCGAGGAACUGCAAAGCGAAGAAGCAGCCUCUCAAGCCAAGUGGAAUGACCAAGAAGAGACGCGCCGUCAGGAGGCGGAAAACAGAGAGAAGAGUAAGGAAGAGCUCAAGUCCGAGCUCGAAGAGACACGGAAAGCCAUGGCCAAGGAGCAAAAGCGUCACAAGGAGAAAAUGUCGGAGCUUCGCCGAAUCGAGGCGGACAGACAAGGAAAGUUGGACAGCGUCCAGAAAGACAUUGACGAGUUUGAUCGUCAGUUUGGCGAAGAGCAGGAGUCGUUGACCAGCCGCCGUGCUGGCCUCCGACAAAAGAGCCAGGAGCUUCACUCGCAGGUGGAAGCUCUGCAGGAGGAGAGCAGAUCAGCCAAGGCCGUGCUGGAAGAGGAGCAGAGGAAGCAAGAGGAGGAAGUGGCCGAGCUGGAGCGCAAGAUUGAAGAAUGCGCUACACAGAGCCGCACCUUCACAGAAGACCUCGAGAAGCUUGGGGCAAGGAGAACCCUUGAGGAGCCGGAUGGCGAGGCCAUCGAGGCCCAGCUCGAGGAAAUGAGCGACGAGGAGAAGGAGCAGGUGAGCCAAAAGGCAUCUUUGAAGGUCCUGAGAGCUGUCAAAGGCAUGAAAAGCUGCGAUGCUGAAACCAUCAUAGAGGCUUUGCAGUCCUUGGAGACGGCUCUUAGCGAGCACUUCCCGCUCACAGGCGAGCUCGAGGCAGAGCUCCAGGACGAGGCCGGAGCAGCCUUGGAGGCCAAGGCCAAAGAGCACGGCCUCCGCCCCCUGUCGCAGUGCUCCAAGGGAGGAGAAGGUGCGGAGGUCGACGCGGAAGAGGAUGCUGCCAUGGAGGAGAAGCCGGAAGAAGAGGAGGAGGAUGAUAAGGAUGAGAAGGACGAGAAGGAUGAGACUGAUGAGAAGGACGAGAAGGAUGAACGCGAUGAGAGGGAAGAGAAGAACGAGGAUGCCGAUGCAUCAAUGGAGAAGGACAAGGAGGAGGAAGACGAGGAUGAGGAGGAGCCUGAAAAAGACUCACCGAAGCCACCACCUUCACCUCCGGAGGAGGAGCAGCGGCAGCCAAGCCCGGAGCCGCCGUCCCCACCCAAGGAGCGCCGGGAGAACCGCGAACAGAAGGCUCCGCGCGCAAAGACUGUCGACCGGCCGCUUGUUGGCUUCGUGCUAGGAGCGCAGAAAGACGAGGAUCGGAAGGAUAAGUCCGAAACCAGACAAGAGGAAAGAAGAGUCGAGGUGGUUCCCGAGCCGGUGUCUGCGCCGGCGCCGCCACCUGAGCCUGCGUCUGCGCCGAUGCCGGCGGCGGCGCCUGCACCGAUGAUGGCGGCACCAAUGCGACCGGCAACGGUUUUCAACUGGACGCACCGCAACCAUGCCGACAAGAUUGCCGAGCAGGAUCGAAAGGCUCGAGAGGAGAAAGAGGCUGCUCUGAAAAGAGAGCGCGAAGAGGCCUUGAAAAAGGCAGAAAAUCAGAUGACUGAUCUAGAGAGGAAGCAGCAAGAACAAGUAGCUCGCUUUCGAGUUUCGAAGGCGAUUGAGACCGUCCGAAAUACCCUGAUGGGAAAAGACCAGGCAGCUGAAGAAAUGCGGCAGAUCAUGUCGGAGUGGCUUCCGAAGGUCGCCCCAGAGGCGCAGCAGGAGUUCCUGGAACAGGCCACUGCGGCCCUUGUUUUCAAGCCUCCGCCUCAGCAACAGCAGCCGCAACCGCAGCCGCAGCCGCAGCCGCAGCCGCAGCCACAGCCGCCAGCGGAGCCCGCUGGCUGCGGUGCUGGCGGCCCUUGCGGUGGUUGUCCUGGCUUAGAAGGCAUUCCCAAAAUGAUGGGUGUGCCAGUGCCUGUGCCCGGAUUGGCAGAAGGCCAUCCAAAGAUGCAGGCCAUUCCGACCAAAGAGGAGAUGCAAAACAAGACCUUCACAAAGGCUGCAGGUCCACCCAAACCACUCAGCGCCAUGCCUCCGCCAAGUGGCAUGAUGAUGGGUGACAUGAAAGGAGACAUGAAAGGAGCAAAGGUGGCUGCGGAUGUGGAGGAGGUUUCCCUGGUGGCUGCGGGCCCUGCGGAAGCAAGGGCGGCAAGGGAGGGGGUUGUUGCUUUGGCGAGCUCAGCGGCUGCGGUCCUCCGAGCGGUCCUCCUGGCGGCCCCCCUCCAAAUGGUCCCGGGUAUGGUGGCGAGUCUGGAGGAUAUGGCGGUGGUGGAGGCUGCUGCGGGGGCUGUGGCCCCGGUCCAUGCGGUGGGAAAGGAGGUUGUGGCCUUUGUGGAGGCACGGCAGAUUGGUAAAGGACCCAUGAUGGGUGGCAAGAUGCCAAUGAUGGGUGGAAAAUCGUAUGGCAAAGGCGGCAGGGCAUUGUUUGGUGGGAUGUGCCGUUGGAGUGUGCUUGAUUCUCGAGGCUAG